UAUAGUUACAGAGAGGUGUCUGUUUUGUAGAAGAAAUUAUCCGCAGAUGAGUUAUUGAUCCGGAAAAGCCGAAUCUGUGAAUAUUUUUCUAACUUUACUGAAGUUCUCUGUAGCUGAAGAUCGGUCCUGUUGACGAACACCCUCCUACGAAGUUGGAGGGUGUUUUGAAGGACCAAAAUGUCACAAUUUAUCUUUUUGCUUUUAAUGGGAAUACACAGCACUGCUGCUGUGACCCACUCCAUGAAGUAUUUCUACACGGCAUCGUCUCAAGUCCAAAACUUCCCAGAGUUUGUGGCCGUUGGCUUGGUUGAUGAUGUUCAGAUGGUUUACUUUGACAGCAUCACCAAGAAACCAGAACCCACACAGGACUGGAUAAAGGAGAACACUGAUCAGGACUACUGGGAUGGAGAGACCAAUUUAUAUUUAGGUCACAUGGAAAACUUCAAACACAAUAUAGAAGUUGCAAAGCAGCGCUUCAACCAAACUGGAGGUGUCCACAUUUUCCAGCAAAUGUACGGGUGUGAGUGGGAUGAUGAGACUGAAGAGGUUACUGGCUAUUUCCAGUACGGCUAUGAUGGGGAAGACUUCCUAACAUUGAGCAUAAAGGAAGACACAUGGAUUGCUGCAAAACAACAGGCUGUAAUUACUAAAAACAAAUGGAACAAUGACAGACAUAUGCUGGCCUCUGACAACAACUACUUCACCCACAUUUGUCCUGAAUGGCUGGAGAAGUAUGUGAACUAUGGGAGGAGAUCUCUGAUGAGAACAGAUCUUCCAUCAGUCUCCUUCCUCAAGAAGUCUUGCUGCUCUCCAGUCAGCUGCCACGCUACAGGUUUCUACCCCAACAGAGCAGAGAUGUUCUGGAGGAAAGAUGGAGAGGAGAUUCAUGAUGGUGUGGUCAAAGGAGAGAUCCUCCCUAACAAUGAUGGGACCUUCCAGAUGAGCGUUGACAUCCAUCUGUCAUCUGUUGCAUCUGAAGACUGGAACAAGUAUGAAUGUGUGUUUCAGCUCUCUGGAGUCAAAGAAGAUAUCGUCCAUAGACUGGAGAAAACAGGAACCAGGAGCAAUGAACCAAAUAUGAUAAUCAUCCCUGUUGUUGGUGGUGUCAUUAGCGGGCUCCUUUGUUUCAUUGGUGUGAUUGGAGUCCUCCAUUACAAGAGCAAGAAUGGGUGUAAAGAAGUAGUCUCAAAUAUGACGAUCAUCCAUGGUUUUGUUUCGGCGGUGCUUGUUCUAUCCGGUGUCAUUGGUUGCAUCGUUUACAAAAAGAACGGGCUUAAACUUCCAUUCUUAGCUCUCUUGAUGAUCAUCCUUGGUGUUGUUGGUCUGGCUGUUGGUGGUGUGGUUGGAUUCAUCCUUAACAAGGAGAUGAAUGCCAAACGUCCACCUUCUCCUGAACCCUCAAAGGAAACCAAGUUUCUUUCAGAAGCCUGAAAAAACAGGAACAGACGAACACAAAGAUCUUUCUUCCAAUGAUCCAAAGAAUUUAUGGUGAUGGAAGAUACACACUGAGAUAACGUCAUUCACCCAUCAAGGCUACGCUAAGCUUUGUUCCAAAGCUCGGUACUUCUGUGAGUCGUCCACCAUUGAUAGACAGAUGCUCAGGAUGGACAUCGGCCCAAAGUUGAUGCUGCGUCAGAGUUAAAAUCACUGUAAGGCCUCGUCUUCACUGGUGGAUUAAGGUUUGCAAACGGACAACGUUCCUGAUUGAAGCUAACCUGGACAGAAGACGUCUGACGCGUUGCUGAUUAACAAUUCAGAACUAAAUCAGACAUGAUGACUUGAACAGACCCUGAAUUUGACAUGUUCACUAAAUUCAUAUGUUUCCCUUAAGACUUAUACUCAGCCUAAAUUUAAACAUACUUGGUGAAACAAAAGUAUUACAAUAAUGGUUUUGUAAUAGCUUAAAUAUUUUGUCCUUGCAUUUUACCUUGAACCUAGUCUUGUGAAAAGGAACUUUCCUCUGAUAAAGAUUUGGACUCUGCUGAAGAAAAUCCUGGAAAAGAACCUGAACUGGUUUCUGGUUCUCACACAAGGAACCUUCAGAGAGGACUCUAAAGGUAGAUCGAGGUGUUUUAAAAAUGUAUGAAUCCUGGAAACACCGUGAGAGGAAUGAAAAGGAUUUUAUUUAAAAGAAGAUCUAGUUAGUCAAACUCUUUAAAAACUCCAGACAUUUAGAAAAAUACAUGUCUGUACCUCCUGGUGUGUAAACAUCAAAAGGCAGUAUUCUCCAAAAGCUGAAAGGGAAAAGGAUGCAAGUGAUCUUAAACCGCUUGAUCUUUAGGUAAACUAUUAUUGAAAGUGUUCUUUGUACAUAUUUAUAUGCAAUGUU